AUUUCUGGUAGGGGAGAGGGGGGAAGAAUGUUCAUUGCGAUUGUUUAGGCUUUGCAAUGGCUCUCAAAUUAACACGAGUGUGAUUGAAUUUUGCAGGGAUCCCAAUUCACGUGUACGAAGUGUAUUCUUCAUCAAUAAUCGAAAUUUCGGGAUUUGGGAGAGAAAAAGGUUUUCUAAUGAAAGGGGUGACUUUGAAUGAUCCCUUUACAAAAAGCUUGGUGGAAGAAUUUGGUGCGAAGACGAAAGAGUGUUUCACACACUCACGCAGAAACCAAAAAGUAUAAAAAAGAAAAACAUGAACUGAACAACUAAUACAUCCAGAAAAAAAGAGUUGCCCGUUCUUCUACUUUUGGAAAAGAAGGGGAAAAAAAAAAGGCCAUAAAUUUCGGCACUGAAAUCUUCUCAAUGUUCCUCAGAUUUAUAGCACUUGGACAUUUUUUGCAAUGGAGAGAGGAUCCCAAAAGAGAUUAUUCACAGCCAAAGGUUCCCAAAACACAAGGGACAAGCUAUUCCUGCCUUAAUGACCAAGUCAAAGGAAUGAUUUUUAUCCGCCUCCCGUAUCUUUCCCCUGUCUUGUUUGCUUUUCCGUUUUGUAUCCCCUUCAUGCUCCUGAUUCUUGAUUGUUUUCUGUAAUUCGGAAUCACAUCGUGUAAUUUAAUGUCUAGAUCAAAUGGGUUUUACAUUCACUUUGCUGUCCUGUUGAUUUCAACUUUCGUGUUCACCCAAAAUUUUCCAGUGCUUGCUUCCCCUGUUGAUCAACAGAGGUUCAAGAGACCUGAUCCCUUGUCCCGUUUCAAACCGUAUAAUGGAUCUUAUGAUGUCACUAACCGACACUACUGGGCUUCAGCUGCAUUUACAGGGGUCCACGGAUAUGCAAUUGCCGGAAUUUGGCUGUUGUUUGGUUUUGGACUCGGGAGCUAUUUGAUCGUAAAGAACUGUAUUGGUAGAGCUUCUUCAGUUGUUAAUCGUCCUGACUCUGUUUACAUCACCCUGUUUUCACUGGUUGUUUUCUUUACUUUACUUGCCAUUGUUGCUAGCGGUUUCAUAUUGGCUGCAAACGAAAGAAGUCACAAGAGAGUUAACAGGCUCAUUGACACGAUAUAUGGAGCGGCAAAUGAUGCUUCACAGGCAAUGCGUAGAGUGAUAAAUUCCUUGGUAGAUAUGCAAACUCGUUUAGGCCCAUAUGAUCAACAAACAUCCGAUCUUUUGAAUGUAACUACACAUCGGCUGAGACGAGAGUCACUUCUCAUACAAAAUUUUGUUGAUAAAACCAAGCAUCCAAGUGAUAAAGUAGUUGAAGUUUUGUACUCCACAACACUUGCCGUAGUCAUUGUCAAUUUAUCAUUGCUUGUUGCUGCUCUAGUUCUGCUGAUCUUGCAUUGGUAUCCUGGAAUCAUGGUGAUCAUCUUUUGCUGCUGGAUUCUGACAAGUUUAAGCUGGCUACUAACCGGCUUAGAUUAUUUCUUCCAAACUUUUGCUCAUGAUACGUGCGCAGCUUUCGGGACUUUUGAGCAAAAUCCCACCAACAGCAGCCUCAGGUUCAUACAUCCCUGUCAAUCACCUGAUCAGUCUAACAAAUUGUUGGCGCAAAUUGGUCAUACUGUUCAUGAUUUCAUUUUUCAGCUAAAUACAAAACUCACAGAAUUGAAAUCAGUUUUUCAAAUUGAAGAAGGGAAGGACAACAUAAUUGGAAUUCGAGAAAUCUGUAAUCCUUUUUCUGGGGCACCAAAUUAUACAUAUGCACCCCAGUAUUGUGCAAAAGAUACCACCCAAAUUGGUGAUUUGUCAAUUGUAAGUGAUUAAAUUGCUGAACUUGCAACAAUUUUGUUUUGUUUUGUUUUUUCAUAUGUAUCACGAUGAAAACGAUGAAAUCACUUUGGUCAUAAUUUUCAACAGAUUCUUUCAAGAUUCACCUGCGACAAUUCGACUUCCGCUCAAGAAUGCGCAGAUGGAGGCAAAUUCAUUCCAGAAUCCUCGUACGAGAUGGUUGGAGCUUACGUUCACUCCAUUCAGGACUUGAUAAACGUGUUUCCUGAUCUACUGAGCCUCACCAACUGCUCUGCUGUAAAACAAGCAUUUUCGGACAUUGUAAAGCGGCAAUGCAUGCCGUUAAAAGGUUCAGUUAAGAUGCUGUGGCUAUCUUCACUGUCUCUGUCAACCGUCAUGAUGAUAUUAGUAUCAUUUUGGGUUGCAAAACUUCACCAAGAUAGACAAAGGUCCUUUGCCAUAUUCCACAUUGUCCCGAAUCCUGUGUAGUAAGCCAUAUCAAAAGACUAAACAGAUUUAAUUUGUACAUUGUAGAAUAGAUCAGAUCAGAUCAGUUUAGGUCCACAGUAAGAACAUAGAUCAAAAAAGGGUUUUCCGACAUCAAACCAUGUUGGAGAUUGUAGGCACUCGGAAUAAAUGCAAUCUGAUAUUGAGGUUAUUAUAGACAGAUGGAUACAAAUGUUCCGUAGUUUACACGGCAGAUUAAUUUAGGUUGAUGAUCAAUCAGCAUUCUUUUCUUUAAAGGAUAAUAAGAUAAUGCACAUUGUGG